AUGAGGACUGCCACAGUCUGGGUUCUGGUGGCUUUGAUUUCUGUGGAGAUGAUUGCCUGCGCUCUGUCUUCCCCUAAAAAAUUACAAAAACCUGGAGCUUGUCCUGAGCCACCCCCAGAAGGAUUGGGAGUUUGUAUUGACAGAUGCAUAGACGACAAAUCAUGUCCAAAAAACCAGAAGUGCUGCAGCACAGGGUGUGGUCAUCACUGCUCGUCUCCUGUCUUUAAUACCGAUGGCAGCCCUGUGAGAGCAGCAUUUGGCAAUUAUAAGCAUGACUGA